GGCUGGGGACCAUAAAUGCACAAUCUAUAGUUCAAGUUUGAUGCGGAUACACCUCACCGAAGACGGAGAUCAGUGUAUGCUUUCCCUCAGGGUGCAAUGGCGGUCACGACUAUCACGUCAGAUUUCCUAGUCUACAAUGGCAAGAAGAGGGCACUUCAGCAAGAAUUAUUGCGAGCACAGCACAACGCAAUCGUCGAUAAGCUGUCGGCCGACGCUUCCUGUCCCAGCGAGUUCCUCUGCCCGAUCUCGCUCGAGAUCAUGCAUUUCCCGGUGAUGGUAGUGGCCACGGGCCAAAAGUACGACCUCAGCAGCAUCCUCACCUGGAUAAGCUCUGGCGGCACGACAUGCCCACUGACAGGUGUGCAGCUGGGCAAGAGCAUGGAACUUCGCAUGAUGAAGACCCUGCACGGUCGCAUCACUGCCUGGCUCACUGACCAGGGCGUGGACCUGGAGCAAACAGUGAAGGAGGCCGAUGAAACUUGGCAUGCCAACCACAGCACCGGAGAGACCAAGCAGCCUCGGCGCAAGCUUCUUGCCACCAUCUCUGCUGUGUUCCGAUUCCUGGCCGCUGAUUGUAGGAUGUACGGCAACAUAUACUAAGUGGACUGCUCACCCAACACGUCAGCAAUAUUGAGGCUAAUUCUGGGAGUCCGCUGGAUUCAAAAUAAUUGAUUGGGCCGCCUUAAAGAAGAGGACUUGUUCCCUCUGUGCAAUGUGGUAAUCGGGAUAAUGAGAUUGGGAUUCCAGCCCUGUCUGUCAGUGACUCGACAGUGGCGCAAUGAAAACAUUGCACGUGUCUGCCUUGUUGGUAAGCCUCCCAAUUAGAUGGUCAAGGCCUGGGGACAUCGCAGCAAUUGAAAGAUAAGGAGUGUGUCCUCUUUUUCAGCUGCCUUAGACAUGCAGCUAGGCGACUGCUAUCGCUGAUGCAAAGUUGCGAUUGCGGGUGGGGGAUUUUUUAUGAAGUGCAGUAGAAUGCGUAUGGGGUCCACAUAUUUGCUUGAAAAUUAGUACAGCGGACUGCAUCACCUUUUACUGAGAAGAGAAUUUGCUGUUUAGUUGUCUAGGUUGUUGUCGAGCUAGGGCUCACAAGGAUUUUUUUGACAUCAGGAUUGAUGUAUCAAGGAUUGAGUGUACUGACAUUCGGAAAAUUGCUGGCGCAAUGAAUUUGAGUUGCUGGCCAUUUAAAGUCCAUUUCACAUCCAUAUGAAUCGGGGACCUGUUGAACCAUUAGUGGGUUACGAUGAUGAUUUAG